AACACAGUCUACAAUCACCGCAAUCUUAACUAUUCGAACAAGUCAAGUGAAUUCUCCUCAAAAAAAAUUUAAAUCAACAAAAUGUUCCAGUUGCUAAUUCUUACAAUUUCGCUUUUCUGUUGCUCCCAACUCGCUUCAGCUGGAUUCAUUGGUGGCUAUGGUGGUUAUGGUGGUUAUGGUCUGGGACAUGAUUUGGGUCACUAUGGUGGAUAUGGACAUGGAUUAAUUGGUGGCCUUGGACAUUAUGGUGCUUUGGGUCAUUAUGAUGGUUUAGGUCAUGGACUUGUGUCUGCACCGAUUGUGACAAAAGUUGCCGCACCUAUUGUAACAAAAACAAUAUCAGCUGCACCAGUUAUAACGAAAAUUUCUGCUGCUCCAAUUAUUACGAAGACAAUCUCAGCACCAAUUGUUACUAAAACUAUUGCAGCCCCUGCAAUUUCACUUGGACAUAGCUAUGGCUAUGGUUUAGGUCACGGAUACGGUUAUGGAUUAGGUCAUGGAUUAGGAUAUGGUCAUGGCUUAAGCUAUGGACACAGUUUGGGUGGCUUAUAUGGUGGUUAUGGACAUGGCUAUGGUCAUGGAAUAUGGUAAGCAGCUGGUAAUAGUGGCCUAGCGUUUGGCAAGCGAAUAGGAGGACUAGGCGUUUAGUUGGUUUCAUGGAAGACUGGUUUUUUAGUGGUGCGAAGUGCUAAAUGUAUUUUAUUAAAUUUUAAUAUUUUUAUAAUUUUACUUGAAAAUUGCUAACA